AAACGGGCGUGUUCUUUUUCAGGUAGGAGAUGUAGCAUUGUCCAUAUUUCACAGUAUGGUAGCCGCUCAUUCAGAUAUUGAUGAUGCUGGAGAGAUUGUUGCACCAACCCCCAGAGUAAAGAGGAUCUUGUCAAGCUCACGUUGUCUUCCACAUAUUGCACAAGGAAUGCUUUCUGGUGAACCGACUAUUGUUGAUGCUGCUGCUGCUCGCUGAAAGCUACAGUUACUAAGAACCCAAAAGCAAUAAUCCGAUUAUACAGUACAGGCGCAUUUUAUUUUGCUGUGGCUUACCCUGGAUCUAAUCUUCUUUCAAUUGCCCAACUCUUCUCAGUGACUCAUGUAUAUCAAGCUUUUCAUGGUGGUGAGGACUCUGCAGUUUCCUCUUCUCUACCUUUGGCGAAACGAAGUGUUUUGGGCGGCCUCUUACCUGAGUCAUUGCUUUAUGUACUGGAACGUAGCGGCCCAGUUGCUUUUGCCGCAGCAAUGGUUUCUGAUUCUGACACUCCUGAGAUUAUUUGGACACAAGAUGCGAGCAGAAAAUCUGAUCCGUCAGUAAUGUGGAGAGAAGAGUUAACUCGAAGGCCAAUGGACCUUUCUGAAGAAGAAGCUUGCAAGAUACUAGAGAUUUCCAUUGAUGAAGUAUCCAGAGACGACGCCCCUAAGAAAUCAAGUUUUGAGUCAGUUGAGGAGAUACCUAAUAUAUCAAAGCAGAUUGAGUAUAUUGAUGAGGAAAAGCUCAAGAGACAGUAUAGGAAACUUGCAAUGAAGUAUCAUCCAAACAAAAAUCCUGAAGGGAGGGAGAAGUUUCUGGCAGUGCAGAAAGCUUAUGAGUGCUUGCAGGUGACCAUGCAAGGAUUGCAAGGUCCCCAGACUUGGAGGUUGUUGCUUCUCUUAAAGGGCCAGUGUAUUCUAUAUAGGCGAUAUGGGAAUGUAUUGAUGCCAUUCAAAUAUGCUGGAUAUCCUAUGCUCUUAAGUGCCAUUACAGUGGACAAGGAUGAUAACAAUUUUCUUUCCUCUGAUCAGCACAUCUUCUAGUUGCAUCCUUGGAGCUUGUUUGGUUGAUGUGCGAGUCUUCACCAUUCAAUGGUGAAGAGCUUGUGAGAGAUGGUGGAAU